AUUCCCGAGAGCCAAGUGUUAAAUGUAGGUCAUAAGAUAAACCAGAUUUGUACCGAAGCCAACGCAGUCUCUAGCGGUGGACUUCGCUAGUUGUCUUCAGCAUACUUACUGUUGAAACUUUUUCCCCUUUUUUUUUUUUGUCCGUACUAUUUGGUUGUGAGGCACUUUUCUCCGUCACAUGCUUCAUUGCUGGAGCUGUCACAUCUCACUGCUCCACCGCCUCCGAAGAGGAGAGAGCACAGGACACGUUUGAAUGGUGUGUAGGCCUAAAUAACACAGCAAGGCAUCCUCGUCCGAGUUCCCAUCUGAUGGAGCAGUUGUUGUCAGUGUUUGCGUAGAGGCACCAUGUUCCCUUGUCAUGUUACCGCCUGGCCCGCUGCUGAGCCUGUCGCCUCGUGCGGCGGUCAUGCACCAGCGCCGCAGCCUUCACAACCGCUCCCCGAUCUGCUCUGCAGCUGUCCCGCGCCACCGUUCAGCAACCACUCUGAAACGCCAUCCCCAGACCCCAUGGAAUCCCUCAUUGUGGUAACAGAGUGCGAACCCAACAAAUCAUCUGGAGCGACCGACGGGGAGGAGGAGGUAGAAGAAAUGGACAGCUCUGAAACGCCGCCCUGCUCCACCACGGCCUGCGACCUCCUCUCUCACACGGUCGGUCGCCCGGAAGCUCUGUUGCCGGCUGGAGAGGAGCAAAGAACACGGCUGAACCUGUCAGACAGGAAGCUGUCACUGCAGGAGCGUUCGCAAACGCAAACUUCCCCCUGCAGCUCCCCGGGACUCAAUGGCCGUUACAUUUAUCCGUCGUUACCCUACUCCCCCAUCACAUCACCCCACUCCUCUCCACGCUUGCCUCGCCGGCCCACUGUGGAAUCCCACAGUGUCUCCAUCACAGACCUCCAGGACUGUGUUCAACUCAACCAGUACAAACUAAAAGACGAGAUCGGAAAGGGCUCCUACGGUGUUGUCAAGCUGGCUUACAACGAAGACGACAACACCUAUUAUGCCAUGAAGGUUCUGUCCAAGAAGAGGCUGAUGAGGCAGGCGGGUUUCCCACGACGACCGCCACCUCGAGGAGCCAAAGCAGUCCCCGAGGGCCUCCCGCAACCCAAAGGGCCCCUGGAGCGGGUCUACCAAGAGAUUGCCAUCCUGAAAAAGCUGGACCAUUCUAAUGUGGUCAAACUAGUAGAGGUUUUGGAUGACCCCAGUGAGGACCAUCUGUACAUGGUGUUUGAGCUGGUCAAGCAAGGAGCUGUGAUGGAGGUGCCGACAGAUAAACCUUUCAGCGAAGACCAGGCUCGCUUUUAUUUCCAGGAUCUGCUCAGGGGAAUCGAGUAUUUACAUUAUCAGAGGAUAAUCCACAGAGACGUCAAGCCCUCCAACCUGCUGGUGGGCGAGGAUGGACACAUCAAGAUCGCAGACUUCGGCGUCAGCAACCAGUUCGAGGGGGCCGACGCCCUCCUGACAAGCACUGUGGGAACACCCGCUUUCCUCGCCCCUGAAACGCUGUCAGAGACUAGGAAGAACUUCUCCGGCAAGGCUUUGGAUGUUUGGGCAAUGGGUGUGACGCUUCAUUGCUUUGUCUUUGGAGUGUGUCCAUUUAUGGAUGAGCGCAUCCUCAAUUUGCAUCAGAAAAUCAAGACACAACCAGUGGAGUUACCCGAACAUGCUGACGUAUCAGAUGACCUCAAAGAUUUGUUGCUCAAAAUGUUGGACAAGAAUCCAGAAACCAGAAUAUCAAUUUCACAGAUAAAGGUGCACCCGUGGGUGACGAGACACGGCGCAGAGCCCCUCCCACCCGAAGAUGACAACUGCUGUAUGCUGAUUGAGGUGACAGAGGAGGAAGUAGAGAAUUCGGUCAAACACAUCCCAAGCCUGGCAACAGUGGAAGCAGCAGCCCGGAGACGGCAUGAGGAGCAUCGAGCUUCCCUACGUAGGAGAAGACGAGGCCCUUUCUUGAUGCAGUGUCAUUCAUUAGGCUUUGCAGUUUUUGUCAUUUCUUUGCCCAUGGCUUGCCAAUUGACAUUGGAGCAAUUUUGCAAAAUUGCCGUCUCCCAACAAGUUUGCCUGUCCCAGACUGCAGUUCAGCGCCACUUUGAGAGGCUUUUAUGUCUAUACUGCUCCAAUGGAAUUUACCCUAUCCAAGGCAAGUUUCUCAAAACAGAAUCUGUCCUUGACAAACAGUGCAGCUUCCGCUGAAUUGAGCUUUUGCGCAUGCUGAGUUCCACUGCAGCUCCCCGGAUACUUUUGCCGACUUGGCAUAAACACCUGCUGUAGGAGUUCAGUGUCUUCGCCAGUGGUGGUAGUAGCAGGCCUCGUGCUGCGUGCUUUGCAAUGAUAUGCUUACAAAAAAUGCAAAGCUGUAAAAUGUUGAACACCUAUUCCCCUCAUGUCUGUCCAAAUCAUACCUGAUACGAAAAAGAAAAAAGGAAGUGUAUAGUGACUUUUGGAAAAGCCUCUACAAACAGUUAAUAAGCGCUUCUGUUUUUUGUUUUUUACGUAGUGUUCGUAUUGUUUCAACACCACGUUAGUCCUCAAUCAUUUGGACUGACAACACUCUCGCUUCUCGAACCUCAAGUGAAACUAGUGAAUGUUCUUAUUUUUGUUUUUGUAUGUAGAGAAAAAAUGCACUGACGUUCUUUUACAAUUGCACAUUUUAAAAAAGACACCAAAACAUUUGACCGUGCAUAAUUUUUUCAUGUAAAGCAACUUAAAGAACCUUUAAAUACAUUUUGAAAUCGAGACGUAGUGCAACUUAAAGUUUUUUUUUGUACAAAUCUAUGCAUGACAUAUCUAGUUGAGAAAUUUUGAAAAAAAGAUGUGCCAUGUUGCCAUAAUAAUUAGCUGUGAUUUUUGUAUUUGUGAACCUUUUUUCAUGUUUUGUUACCUUCUUUUCCGUCUUGACUGCAGUUUUCGAAUCAGAUAAAAUCACCGGAUGUGUCUAAUUACAAUUAUAUUUAAUGCUCAUACACAAUAAUUGCAUCGGCACUUGUGUGUGCUGAAUGGAUCCGAAAAGGGAAAGUUCAUAUUACUCUGCGCUGCAAGUAAAUUGUUUCUUUUUUUUCUUUUUUUAAACAUGA